AUGGUGGACAUUAGGGAUAUUGUUUUGAAUAGCACCGGGAACUCGACAAAUGGCACUGAAUGUUCUUCCUAUGGCAAAAGCCCCUCGAAAGUUGAAGAGCCAAAAGCAUCCGAGAAUUUUCGAACAGUGUUUAUGGCCUUUAUAAUAUUCUUUUCAAUAGUGGGCAAUGCCUUGGUAUUAAGAGGAGCCAUUUCUCGAAGGAACAAGCCAUUUGUUUACUAUCUGGUGAUAAAUCUAUCUAUAGCAGAAAUCAGUAUUGGCGUUCUGCGGCCAUUUGACAUGGUCGUCGAAAGAACACCUUUUAAAUGGGUGUUUGGUGAUUUAUUAUGCCAGCUCGUCAAGCCUUUGUCAUUAUGUGCUACAAUGGUUGUCACGUUUACUCUAGCAGCCAUCGCAGUGUUCCGAGCCAUAAUGAUGCUUCAGCCAAAGAGGAAUCGCCCUUCUAAACGAUUUGCUUUCAAAAUUAUGGCCUUUUCCUGGAUUUGGGGAGCUUGCUUGGUCACGCCCAUCGGGCUGAACCAAAGACUCCUUUUACAUUCGGAUCCGUGUUUUCCGGUUAUCCUUAAAAUCUGUGGCACUGUUGAGGAUAUGCCCGUUUACGAUGUUGUGUAUUAUAUUGCAUUUUUUUUCGCGCCAUUUGCGUUGAUGUUGGCGUCUUAUAGCAUAGUGAUAUACAGGAUAAAACAGCACAUUCGUUCYGAGGRAACYAGUAGUCGAGAAGAAUCCAUUGAAUUGAAUAGACCUGUACAGUUCCUUGCGACAAAGCCGCCUCAAACCUCUCCAUACAACCAAGCCUCGCAACUCAAAGACCUCAAACAAAGGCCUAGAAUGCCCAAUAACAGAGAUAACCAAAAAAGCAAGAUGUUAAA